CUUGUUUUCGUUCUUAUUUUUAACUGUGGGAGUUUGGGACCGCAAAGCAGAGAGAAGAGGGGGGAAGAGGCUAUGUGAAGUGGAUGAGGCAAGAAGGAAAGUCUGUGGUGUGCUGUGGCCAUAGACAGAGACAGAGAACACACAGAUGAUGGCAGAAGUCGGUGACCACAAUAGCAACACCACCACAUGUGCUGCAGUUCUCAACUCCAUGGAAGAGACCUCCUUUUGCUGUGAACAAUUGCCAGAGGGUGAAUGCAUUGAGGCUCAGAAAGAAGAAGACAGUUCACUAGUUGAGUUGGAUUGUCGAAAUGCCUUUUCUGAAGGAAGAAAGGAGUUCGUCACACCUGCUGUCGGAAUGGAGUUUGAGUCUUAUGAUGAUGCUUACAAUUAUUAUAUCUGCUAUGCCAAGGAAGUCGGAUUUCGUGUAAGGGUGAAGAAUUCAUGGUUCAAGCGAAACAGCAGAGAAAAAUAUGGUGCAGUGCUUUGCUGUAGCAGUCAGGGUUUCAAAAGAAUAAAGGAUGUUAACCACAUGAGGAAAGAAACAAGAACUGGUUGUCCUGCAAUGAUAAGGAUGAGGUUGAUGGACUCUCAGAGGUGGAGGAUACUCGAGGUCACACUUGAACACAACCACAUGUUAGGUUCUAAGAUACACAAAUCAGUUAAGAAGAUGGGAACUGGAACCAAAAAGAAGUCAUUGCCGAGUUCAAAUGCUGAAGUGCACACGGUUAAGUUAUACCGUGCACUUGUGAUAGAUGCAGGAGGUAAUUCUAGUGCAAUCUCAAAUGCUAGAGAAGACAGAACUUUGUCGGAAUUUUGUAAUAGGUUGAACCUUAAAAGGGGUGACACACAAGCCAUUUAUAAUUACCUGUGUCGUAUGCAAUUGACUAAUCCUAACUUCUUUUACUUGAUGGAUUUCAAUGAUGAAGGACAUUUGAGGAAUGCAUUUUGGGCGGAUUCUAGGUCCAGGGCUGCAUGUGGUUAUUUUGGUGAUGUUAUUUACUUUGACAACACUUAUUUGUCAAGCAAAUAUGAAAUCCCUCUCGUGGCUUUUGUUGGAAUAAAUCAUCACGGGCAAUCAGUAUUACUUGGUUGUGGUCUACUUGCAGGUGAAACAAUAGAAUCUUAUGUAUGGUUGUUCAGAGCAUGGAUUACAUCUCUGUCUGGUUGUUCUCCCCAAACUAUUAUCACCGAUAAGUGCAAGGUUUUGCAAAGUGCCAUUGCAGAAGUUUUUCCCCAAUCUCUCCACCGUUUUGGUUUGCCAUUAAUCAUGAAAAAAGUACCAGAAAAAUUGGGAGGGUUGCGCAACUAUGAUAUGAUUAGGAAAGAACUGAUUAAAGCAAUUUAUGAGACAUUGAAAAUGAAUGAAUUUGAAUCAGCAUGGGCAUUCAUGGUUCAACGUUUUGGAGUUGGUGAUCACGAAUGGCUUCGUUCUCUAUAUGAAGAUCGGAAUUGUUGGGCACCGGUAUAUGUGAAGGAUACAUUUUUUGCCGGAAUGUCUGCAACACGACCUGGUGAAAGCUUUACUCCAUUUUUUGAUAGAUUUGUGCACAAACAGACUCCUUUAAAGGAGUUUCUUGAUAAGUAUGAACUAGCUCUCCACAAGAAGCACAAGGAAGAGGCUCUUGCAGACAUAGAAUCAAGAAGCUCAACCCCCUUGCUGAAAACUAGAUGUUCUUUUGAAUUGCAGCUCUCUAGAAUGUACACUAGGCAAAUGUUCUUGAAGUUCCAAUUUGAGGUGGAAGAAAUGUACUCUUGUUUCGGAACAACACAGUUACACGUGGAUGGUCCGGUCAUAAUUUUCUUGGUCAAGGAGCGUGUCUUGUGUGAAGGAAAUCGGCGCGAGAUUAGGGACUUUGAAGUUCUGUACAGUAGGACAGCAGGCGAAGUUCGCUGCAUCUGUAGUUGCUUUAAUUUUUAUGGAUAUUUAUGCCGGCACGCAUUGUGUGUGCUAAAUUUCAAUGGCGUGGAGGAGAUACCUUCCAGAUACAUUCUUUCAAGGUGGAAGAAAGAUUACAAGCGCCUUCAUAUUCCUGAUCAUAACACUGGUGUUCCUGAUGAUAUUGACCAUUCUCAAUGGUCUAAUCAGUUAUUUAGAAGUGCCUUGCAAGUUGUUGAGGAAGGGACAGUUUCUGUGGACCAAUACAAUGUAGCUUUGCAUGCUAUUGAAGAAUCACUAAAUAAGGUUCAUGAUGUAGAAUAUAGAGUAAAAAGGAGUAAUAAUAAAGUUUGCUUCUUUUAUGUAGAGAGAGAGAGAGAGAGAGAGAGAAUCAUGGCGCAACAUGAUGACCUCAGCGCGCCACCGCGGCCGCUGCCACCGUCUCCAUCUCCCACUAAGACCGAUCCGCGUGCAAUUCACGGACGGGCUAUAAAAUCAGUUGCAACCGACAAUGCGACAUUCAACAAUCUGGUAACGCUUUACUCGAAAUUGGAGAGUUUGGCGUCCUACUCUGUCCGCGUGUUCAGCCAAAUCCGGAGUCCCAACAUUGUGUCAUGGACCGCACUUGUCUCUGCCCACUCCAAUACCCUCCUCGCCCUCCGUUACUUCGUUUCCAUGCUUCGCCACCCAACACUCCCCAACAAUCGCACCCUUGCCUCCCUCUUCCGCACCUCAGCUGCACUCUCUGCCCUCCCCUUUGCCCUUUCCCUCCACUCCCUCUCCCUCAAGCUCGCCCUUUCCAGUGAUCCUUUUGCCGGUUCUGCGCUACUCAGUUUUUACUUCAAGUGCCGUAUGCCGCACCACGGACACAAGGUAUUCGAUGAAAUACCUGAUAGAGAUAGUGUUUGUUAUUCCGCUAUGAUCGUGGGUCUAGCUCAGAAUUCCCGCUCUGUGGAUGCGCUUCUGGUUUUGGCUGACAUGAGGCAUCAUGGUUUUGCAUCCACAGAGCAUAGCGUUUCGGGGGGUCUGCGUGCUGCUGCUGAGCUGGCAGCAUUGGAGCAGUGUAGAAUGAUACACGGGCAUGCGGUUGUUGCUGGGUUUGAUUCAAAUGUGGUGGUGGGCAGUGCUCUGGUUGAUGGUUAUGGUAAAGCCGGCGUUGUUGAGAAUGCAAGGCAGGUUUUUGAGGAAAAUUUGGCUUGGAUGAAUUUAGUGGGUUGGAAUGCUAUGAUGGCCGGUUAUGCCCAGCAAGGAGAUCAUAAAUCUACUUCCGAACUGUUUGAUUCAAUGGAAUGCCAAGGACUGGUGCCGGAUGAGUAUAGUUUUCUGGCAAUGUUGACAGCACUCUAUAAUGCUGGAAUGUUUCUUGAGGCUGAUCAGUGGUUGACAAGGAUGAAAGUGGAUUAUGGUUUGCAGCCAACUCUGGUGCAUUAUACUUGCUUGGUAGGUGCAAUGGCCCGUGCUGGGCACUUGGAACAGGCAGAGAGGGUAGCAUUGACAAUGCCAUAUGAGCCAGAUGCUGCAGUUUGGCGAGCCUUGUUGUCAGCUUGUGCUUUUCAUGGUGAAGCCGAUAAGGCUUGGUCUAUGGCCAGGAGGCUUUUGGAACUUGAACCGCUUGAUGACUCGGCUUAUGUUAUUGUUGCCAAUGUGUUGUCAGCUGCAGGAAGGUGGGAUGAUGUUGCAGAAUUGAGGAAAAUGUUGAGAGAUCGGAGGGUGAAGAAACAAGGAGGGAGGAGUUGGAUUGAAAUUCAGGGAAAAGUACAUGUUUUUGCAGCAGGGGACUGGAAGCAUGAGAAAUCCGCGGAAAUUUAUCGCAAGUUACAAGAGAUCAUGGGGGAGAUUGAGAAAUUGGGAUAUGUUCCAAUUUGGGAUGAGUUGUUGCACAAUGUGGAGGAAGAAAGGAGAAAGGAGGCUCUUUGGCAUCACAGCGAGAAGUUGGCAGUGGCAUUUGGUGUGUUAUGUGGGUCUGCACCACCAGGAAAGCCAUUGAGAAUUGUGAAGAAUUUGAGGAUUUGUAAGGAUUGUCAUGAAGCUUUUAAGUAUAUGACCAGAAUUUUAGAGAGGGAAAUUAUUGUGAGGGAUGUUAACAGAUACCACAGAUUUGUUGAUGUUAUGGAUAAUAGUAUUAAUCAAGAAGCAACCGCUGAUAAUAAUGCAUCUGUGAAUAAUAAUUUGUCUGUCAAUCUUCCUAUUUCGAAUGAUGCUGCAAAUACUAAUCUUAAUCCACCGAAGCAAAUUUACAACAAGUUCUUGCAAAUUUUGAUGAUUGAUAAUCAUGAUAUAGAUGAUGGAUCUCCAAACAGUGAUCAGCUGCUUGAGGUUGCGGAUGAGCAAAACAUUCUUGUGAAUGGCUGCAGUCAGUUAUUUGAGAUUGAUGGAAGUGAACAUGAGAAUGGGAGGGAUGAAACAACAGUGGUUGAUGGUUAUGGUCAAGAAUCUCAAGGGAAAGGCUACCCUCCGCCGGUUGUGGGUAUGGAGUUUGAUACUUAUGAUGAUGCUUACAACUAUUAUAAUAGCUAUGCUAAGGAGAUUGGAUUUGCUAUUCGGGUUAAGUCGUCAUGGACCAGACGUAACAGCAAAGAGAAGCGCGGUGCUGUGUUGUGCUGCAACUGUGAGGGCUUCAAAACACUUAAGGAAGCAAAUAGCCACAGGAAAGAAACAAGAACAGGUUGUCUGGCGAUGAUUAGGUUGCGAUCAGUGGAAUCUAACAGAUGGAGGGUGGAUGAAGUCAAGCUUGAGCACAACCAUUCAUUUGAUCCUGAGAGAGCACAAAACUCGAAAUCACAUAAGAGGACAGACGGUGGGUCGAAAAGAAAACUCGAGCCAACUCUAGAUGUUGAAGUACGAACAAUCAAGCUAUAUCGAAUGCCUGUUGGGGAUGCAUCGGGUUAUGGAAGUCCAAAUUCUAAUGAAGGAGGAAUUAGCACCACCCUUAAUUUUUCUAGGCAUUUGAAACUUAGGAAAGGUGAUACAGAACUUGUUUCAAACUACUUCUGCAAAUGUCAACUCAUAAAUCCCAAUUUCUUCUAUGUUAUGGACUUGAAUGAUGAUGGACAACUGCGGAACAUUUUUUGGAUUGAUUCUAGAUCUAGAGCUGCAUAUAAUUAUUUUGGUGAUGUGGUUGCAUUUGACUCUACAUGUUUGUCAAACAAUUAUGAGAUUCCACUUGUUUCAUUUGUCGGUGUUAAUCACCAUGGGCAGUCUAUUUUACUUGGUUGUGGUCUGCUUGCAGAUGAGACAUUUGAAACAUAUAAUUGGUUUUUUAGGGCGUGGCUUACAUGUAUGUCCGGCCGUCCUCCUCAAACUGUUCUUACAAACCAGUGCAACAAGGCCAUGCAAAGUGCAAUAGCGGAGGUUUUCCCGAGAGCUCACCACAGAAUUUGUCUAUCACAAGUCAUGCAGAGUAUUCUCGGAUGUUUGGUACAGUUUCAGGAAUACGAGGCAAUUCAGAUGGCAUUGUCUAGAGUGAUAUAUGAAACUAAGACAAUCGAUGAGUUUGAAAGGGCUUGGGAUGAACUUACCCAGCAUUUUGGAAUAAGAAAUCAUGAAAAGAUUCAAUCCUUGUAUGGUGAACGUGAGCACUGGGCUCCUGCUUACACCAAGGACACUUUUUUUGCUGGAAUUUCUGAUCAAGAAAAAGGUGAGUCCGUGGUACCUUUUUUUAAGGGUCAUGUGCAUCAGCAAACUUCGUUGAAAGAAUUUUUUGAGAUUUAUGAAUUAGUUAUGGAGCAAAAGAGAAAAACUGAAGCUAUUGAUGAUCUCAAGUCGCGAGAUUCUAGUCCUUCACUGAGAACAAGGUACUACUAUGAGUUGCAACUGUCCAAAUUGUACACAAAUGCAAUGUUCAGGAAGGUCCAGGAGGAGAUCGUGCUGAUGUCCUCUUGUUUCGGCAUCACAGAAAGUCAAACAAAUGGAUCUACAGUGACAUACAUGGUUAAAGAACGCCAAGGCGAGGAACUUGUCCAAGAUGCAGGGCAUGUUGAAGUCACAUAUGAUAAAACCGGAGCAGAAGUUCGCUGCAGUUGUUGUUGCUUUAACUUCAAAGGCUAUUUGUGCAGACAUGCCUUGUCUAUCCUCGAUUAUAAUGGCGUGGAGGAAAUUCCUUGUCAAUAUGUUUUGCCGAGAUGGAGGAAGGACUUUAAACGAUUGUAUGUACCUCACCUUAGCUCUGAUAAUGUUGAUAUCACCAACCCAGUUCAGUGUUUUGAUCAUUUGUACAAACGGGCGAUGCAAGUUGUUGAAGAAGGGAUGAUAUCCCAAGCUCAUUAUAUGGUUUCUUGGCAGGCUUUUAAAGAGUCUUUGAAUAAGAUUCGCCUUGUAUCAGAUAAAAUUGAGUAAUUUAAUCAAGAAUAAUACAUAUCAAAUGUUGUGCAUAAUUUGUUAUCCAUUUCUUCAAUUACACACACAGAUGGUUCUUUAGUUGUGUUCAGGCAAAGUUUGCGAAAAUUAUGCGACUUUGUAGAAUGUGUUUCCGGUAGCCUAGUCUGGCCAGACAGUUGUUGCAUGUCAAUUUCAGCAAAAGAUAACAACAGCUGCUGCUCAUGGAUCUGUUAAUUUGUCUGAUUUUUGUAUGCAGAUAGCAUUUUUGUUUUUGAUAAAGUGAUACUUCUGAGCCAAUAUCAACC